AUAAACAAGCGGCAUUCUGGCAUAAAGUAAUCGAAAACGAAUAGUUGUUGAUUCUGAUGGUUACAUUAUUUAAUGGUAUAUAAAUGGUAUAACUUGAUAUGAAGUAGAACAAAAAUGGAAUGUACUCAAAGGUUGGAGUGUACUCAAGAAUUAAACAACACACAAACGGAGAGAACAUGCCCGGAACAGAUUGGAUAUCUGGGUAUAUGUGGAGCGAAACAUCCAGUUUUAAAGGGCCCAAACAAAAUAGGAAGAGACCCCCAAACAUGCAAUAUAAUUCUGAAUUUGAAUUCAAUCUCAAGACAACAUGCUGUGAUAAACGUACUAAAUAGUAAAGAGUUUAUGGUUAUGGACUUAGAUUCAGCCAACAAAACAAAAUUAUUAAAUAAAACAUUACAACCAUACAUACCCCAUCGAAUAAAAGAUGGGGAUACGGUGCAGUUUGGAGAUAUAUUCGGAGUGUUCAGGCUGUUGGAAGAAGACAAUGAGCUACCAAUGACUCAGGCUAUAGACAUUCCAGAGACACCGGUCACCUUCAAGCAUGUGUUCAAGCUCAAUAAGGCACCAACCACCUUAAUACCGGAGUCCCCUGAUGUCAGCGACAAGGAUGACUCCUUUUUGACUCCGUCACAGCCAAUAAGUGUGAAGUCGAGGUUAUCAAACUCUUUUAUAAAAACGAAUGCAACUCUACCAACACAAGGCAAAUCGCCUAAUACAUCAAUACCUCGGAGAUUAUUAUCACCAAAAAAAUCAACUUCAAGUUUUGUACACAAUCCUAACACUAGCCUGAAUGAAUCUGUCGUGUCUCUCAAAACUGGAAAUGUAUCGGAUAAUAUCUAUGAAGCAGACACCCAAGUACCUAACCUUGUUGCUAAUGAAAGUACAGAUUCAAUAUUUACUGCUGGUACGCAAAUCCCCCCCGAGAUAGCCAUGUCACCUAGUGUACAUACAAUGGACACACAAGUACCCACAGUGGACCAUGUUCAUACUAUGCACACGCAAAUGCACACAGUAGAGCAUUUGCCACAAGUUCGCAAAAUUAAUGACCAGCAUGAAAUGCAGAUAGAUAUUUAUGCAGAUAACAAGGAGAAUAACAAAGAUAUCUUCAAUGCUGAAACCCAACCAUUUGGUAUUGUGGAUGAUUCGAUAGAGAAUGUGAACAAAAAUAAAAGUAAUGUAUCAAAUAUAUCUAGAUCCUCAGCUGAAGGAGACAAAAAGGAUAUACUAAAUACUUCGGAAGAAGAAGUACUCUUUGAUGAUAUUGACGGUGAAUGCUUCGAAGAAGACUUCCAUUCUCAAAAUAUACUACAAGGUGAAAUACCAUUAAUAGAUGAAAAAGAUGAGUCAAAACCCAAAGACAGUCCAAUUCCAUGUAAUAGAGAUAAGGGACAAACUUCUGACGAUUUGACUGAUUGUGAAGAUAUAGACAUGUUACCAACUCAGAAAAUACCGGAACUAGCAAAACAAGAAACUAAAAAGGAACCAAAGAUACAAGACAAAAAUGAUCCAACCUGUUCUAAAAGGACAGUCCGUAUUAAAUCUGAUAGUUCUACAGACUGUGAAGAUAUUGAUGUAGCACCAACGCAAAUAGUAACUGAACUACCUGCCGUUAAAGAUUCUAAACUUAAUGCUGACAAAAUAACGAAUAAACCGUCAAAAAGAGUGAAUAGAAUCAAAUCUGACAGUUCGACAGAUUGUGAAGACAUUGAUAUAGCUCCUACGCAAAUAAUACCUGCACUACCUGUUGUGAAAGACUCUAAAAUUAAAACUGACAAAAUAACGAAUAAACCGUCAAAAAGAGUGAAUAGAAUCAAAUCUGACAGUUCGACAGAUUGUGAAGACAUAGAUUUAAUGGCUACCCAAAAGAUCCCCGAAAUAAAACCUGCCGAAGAUGAUGACGCCACCGAUUGUGAAGAUGACGUUAUUGUCGUGAAUCAAAAAGAACCUCCUCCAAUACCACUCAUUGAUGAUGAUACACAAAUUGCUACACAAAUAAUUGAAGUAGAUAAUAAUAAAAAAGAGAAAAUACCCCUUGAAGACAUGGCCACACAAAUUAUAAAUGUUGAUGAAGGUGUAUCUGGUUCUAAGAACGUAGCUUUUGAAGAUCAACCGACACAAAUAAUAGAGGAAGCAGUACCUGCUAAUAAAGAGUCCCUCAAAAAUCCUAUCAAUGUGAUUGAAAGUCCUUUUAAAAUACCAUUUCAGUCUCCAAUAAGGAUAAAAAGUAAAGAUAUACCUAAAGUAAAUGUAAAAGAUAAAAUUGAGAAAAGUAAUCCAAUCGAAGUAGACCCUAAUUAUUAUAAUGAUACACAAGACAUUUUUGAUGAUUUAUGUACACAAAGAGAUAAACCAGAGGUCCAGCUUACUACAGACGAUGAAGUCGUUCCAUGUUCCGUAGAAGAUUAUAAAGUAAAAGACAAAUUUGACGGUAUUGAGAAGGACUUAAGUCCUUUCAAAAAUGAAAAUGAUAAUAUUGCUGAAAUAGCAAAAUUGGAAAAAGUGCCUAGUGGUGAUCUAUCUGAUGUAGAUUCUACUCCGAAAAAGGCAAAACCUUUCGUUUUUACAGACAGUGAUUUACCAAGCAGCCAAGAAAUAAAAAAGUGUUUAGUAUCUCACACAAGGUCAUUCGGUACAGAAGAAUCAUCUAGCGAAUCCGAAACGGAAAACAGUAUACAUGAACCAUAUAAUCCAUUUAAAAAAAUUAAUAAAAAGAAAAGAAAACCCUCUGUUGUUGUUGAUCUGACUAAACGAUUGGAAGUUGAUAAAUUACCAGAAAGAGUAAUAACUCGCCAAAGGAAACCCGCCUUAAAUACUGAGAGCAUAAGUCCAAAUAUUUUAAAACCAACUUACUUAACUGAGCAGGAAGAUCACAUCGAUCAAGAAAUUAUCACGGAAAAUAUAAAACGUCUUAAAACAUACGAACGGGCAAAGAGUAACAAGAAUUCUAAGAAAGACGAAAGUGUUAAAGAAGAGAAAAAAGAAAACGUGUCUCGAAAGAAAACAGAUAAAGUUACCGAACCCAAAGAUAAGAUUAAAGGAAAAAUUGAAAAGCCCAAGAAAAAUGAAACUAAAUCAAAAUCUGAAACGCCUCGAACGAGUGAUAAAUCUCACAAUAAUCAGGUUCAAGAAGAAGAAAGUUUAGAUACCGCAACGGUCAGUAAACCUACUACCAGGAGCACUAGAUCUAAGAAAAAAGAUACUGAAUGUGAAACCAAUGAAAAUAAAUCAUCUAACUACAAAGUGACAGUGAAAGAUAAUAAGAAGAAGCGAACAAACAAGAAACAAGAGAAAGAAAGAUCAAAGUCGCCUGAAAUGGUAGCGAGAAGUACUGAAAGGGCAAGGACUCCAAAAUCGAGGUCGAAAUCACCUGAAAUGGAAGUUAGGAGGAGUAAAAGACAGAGGAAACCGAAAACGAAAUUCGAGGAAAGUGAAGUGAAAGCUCCUAAGUCUAUUCUGAAGAACAGUACUCAUGAGCAGAGCACGGUGUACAAUAUCUCGUCGUCGAGUAGUGAGUCACCGCGCAGUUUGAAGAGGUCUAUGUUGGACUGUAGUGACGCGCCCAGCUCCAAGCGCACGCGGGCACAGACCAACUCCUUGCGCACCAGCGGCAUCGGCAACGCGUCGUUACGGGCAACCCCGGCGAGAGUGAUGAAGACUCAUCACGUACUUUUCACGGCAUUCCCCAGCGCAGAUGUUAAACAAAAGUUGGAGAAACUAGGAGCAGUAAUAGUAACGAAUGUGAUGGAAUGCACGGUGGUGUUGACGAUGCAAAUAAAGCGUACAUUUAAACUGCUGUGUGCCGUGGGGCUGGGCCGGCCCAUCGUCGGGCCUGGCUGGGUGCAAGCCUGCGCCGACACACACAUGAUUGUUGAUCCUUGGCUAUACUUGGUGAAGGACGAGGCUGCUGAGCAGAGGUUCCAGUUCAACUUGCAGAGAACCCUGAGCAGCAAUAGAAAUUUCCUGAAGGGGUACAAUGUGUCCUCCACACCAAAUGUACAACCCAAUGCCUCUGAGAUGAAAUUGAUAGUGGAGUGUUCAGGCGGUACUUGGAAGGAAAGUGGACCAAACUGGGUCUGUGUGUCCUGUCCCAAGGAUAAGGAUCUCUGGCCAGCUCUCAGGCGACGUGGAGCCAUAAUGGUCUCCACGGAAUUCAUACUCGGGGGAGUAUUGAGACAGAAACUCGAAAUAGCCAGUAAUACCUUAAACUAAGUACAAUCUGCACAGUUACGUGGUAUGCAGGUAAGGAAAUAUACACAACAAAAGUUAUUAUAAUGGUUUCGAUGAAGGCAUUUCGAAUGAAUGCCAUGAAGUCUUUUGUAAUGAUUAAUUGACUACAUAGCCUAAAAAUUAUUUCUGUCACUGUACUGAAUUAAUCUUUAUUUUCGUUCCUACUUUUAAGUAAAUCUCAAUACUCUAAUAUUGAAAGUUUAUUAUAAAACGAAUUCUUAUAAGAAAACAGCGUAAUGCUCGUCAAAUAUCCAACCCGAAUGCCCGUUACCACUCUUUGCGCGGAAAACUUGUAAUCUGUCACAUUUGACAGAUGACAGCGCUGUCAUCUGUCAAAUGUUGACGCCACCAUGACAGCUAGUGCUGCCGAUAACACAGAUUAAAUACGUUGUCUAACACUACAUAUUAAGUAACUGUGCAAAUUGUACAUUGAAGAGACCCGGAUACUUAACCAUUAAUGCAUUUUGAAGGACAUUUUUUCUUAGAUAUUUUUGAUGUCUUUUUUAACAUAGAGUGGUAGAAAACUGCCUUGUGUCAAAAGAUUCGUCAAGUAAUGUGCUCAAUAUUUUGAUUGUUGUCAAGAGUAUGACAUAAAAAAUUUAGACAUCUACACUAUUUUACUCACAUACACACAGUCUAUAGUAGCCAGGUGCCACAGUCGUUGUUUCAAGAGACUAUGUCCCCCUUUUUUCACCGGCUUUGCUUCCCAGUGAAAUAUAGCAUUUUAGUGGAACCUCCGGAGGCUUUAAUCCUCUCCUUUUUCUUCUUUUAGUUUUAAUCGAAAUGAUGCAAGUUGAUUAAUGUUCGUAAUAAUAAUACAGGCAGGCUCUGAAAUCUAAUGUUUCUUGUAAAUAAAUCUAUUUUGACCAUCGAGUUUUUACGGAAUAUUUUAGAAGAAACUCAUAAAGUACAAAUCUCGUGUCUGUUUAAAAUUAUUCAGUAAAUAUCUACCUAAUAGUAACUGCUGUAGGCCUUUUGUUGUAGUAGUAAAGCUGAUAUUUGUUGUUUAAAAUUACAUGUAAAUAUUUCAUUUUGUAUUUGAUAAUUUUCGAUUACUUGUUUUACCUAUUUUUGUGUAGUGUUCAAGGACUUUAAGCUGGUGGCUAGGCAACUGUUAGUGGUAAGUUUUUAGAAUUUAAAAUGUACAGUUAGAUUGUAGUGCAUCGUCUUUUGUGUCCUUAAAUGAGAGAUCUAAAAGAUGUUACGUAAUAUGGUAUAACUGGAUAAUUAAUAAUUUAUAAAAGAUUUCUUUAAUAUGGAUUAAAUUGAUUAAAAUAAGUCCAGGUUUUGCACCCAAUUUUUCUCCAAUCAACAAUUAUUUUAAUAAUGCAUCACAAUUAAGUUAACUUUAGCAUUUAUGAAGCUCUGAAAAAUCGUUGUUUUACCUGCAUUACUGUCCACUACUCUGCAACCAAUUCAAUAGAUAUAAAAAAAUAUUUUCUGUACACACGCAUUAUAUAUUUGUUGAAAUAUUAUGGCCGAUUUUUCCACAAACUAAAGGCAUAUCCUUUAUUUUGUGUACAAAGUUUCAGCAGAUUCUUUUUUACCAACAAACAAUUAUUGUCAUACUAUCUAUCGUAAUAUAAUGUAUGUAAUUAUUAUUUUUGUUUAUAUUAUGUAGAAUUUUAACCGCGUAAAAUUAGAUCUGUUCCUAUGUGAUUUGGUAAUAAAAAGAAAAUUGUGUUAUAAAAUGAGGAGCGUAGUUUUUAGAGGGCGCUAGUGUAGUUUUAUGUCGACCAAGGGUACUUUGAUUACGGAAAUUUUGAACAAAUUCUGACAGAACUAGUGGGGUCGUCUGAUUAGUCUUCAAAUAUAACCAAAACCUUCAUGUAUUUUUAAUUUUAUUAUUGUAAUGUUUAAUUCAUUUAAUUGUUUCAAUUUUAUGCCUUUAUUAUAGGAUAGU